AAAUAAAUUUUAGUAUGCGAGUGUGGAAGGCACCAGUAAAAUGAAGGGGCUGAAGGGGUUGAGCUCAGCCUUGCUACUAUAUACAGGUUUUCAACCCAAUGGUCAAGCUCCAAUCUCUUCCACAGACAAGGCAUUAAAACCACUGGGUAGAGCUGAUGGUGAAGUUAUUCAAGGAAUAUUCUCACCUCCACGGCGUUUAAGGACUGAUGAAAUUCCUAAAAUUAUCAAUGAUUUUAGGCUUGCUGCGAGGAAUGCCAUUGAAGCUGGUUUUGACGGAGUUGAGAUUCAUGCAGCUCAUGGCUACCUAAUUGACCAGUUUUUGAAAGAUCAGGUAAAUGAUCGAACAGACCAAUACGGUGGAUCUCUAGAGAACCGCUGCAGAUUUGCCUUGGAAAUAAUCUUGUGGCUUAUGGUCGUAUAUUCUUGGCCAAUCCAGAUUUGCCUAGGAGAUUUGAACUCAAUGCUCCUCUCAAUAAGUACAACAGAGAGACUUUCUAUACACUGGAUCCUGUUGUUGGUUACACCGAUUACCCAUUUUUGGAGCCCAUUGCUUGAGUUUUCUAGAUGCAGCUAGCCAUCUGCAAAUUGUUGUUUGGUUUCUUGAUAUCGUAUGAUAUAUUCUUGCUGUAUGAUUAUAUAUGGAAGAAUAUAACAUUCCAAUAAUAAAAUACCAUCAUGUUAUUUUUACAAUUUUCUUGAAAAUCUUCAUUUGGUUGAUUAUGGAGCUUGUUCACGUGCUGACAGAAUGACUUUUGUGUUCACAAUUCUACCAUUUGGGGAAAGGGCUACAUCUCUUUGAAGAAGCUCCAUCUUUGGUUCAAGUGCCACCACGUGAAAGAGAUGACUGGAGUUUACUGGCCCUGUGCUUUGUUUUUUUUUUGAUAAAAUUACAGGCCCUGU